GGGAGGGAAGGUGAGGAGAGGAGUAAGCAACUCGGGAAUCUGCACAUGCCGGCUGCGCCCUCGCGCCUAGGAGCUGCGCGUGACUCUGAAGGUUCUUUAUCCUCUCCUGCCUCCUCUGCACCGAGUUUCUUUUGCAAGGGCGGGGUGAGCUGGUUGAUAUGCGCUCCCGGCUGCAUAAAGUAUUUGGAGGUGAUCGCACUUUUGAGGAGUAUAUGGAAUCGGUUCAUUUGGAAAAUGAUUUGCAGGUCACGAUAUGUAUCUGAGAGAAGGCUUGACAUUAUAUUUAGGAUGAGUAUUGGGUUCGAAGGGGGGAAAUGCCAUUGCCUUGUGUGCUACUGAUUCCGCCCGAAAAUCUAAGUGAAGCUCUGUAUAAUCGCCGCGGGGACUAAAUUGCAAAAAGAAUUAACUGAAGGUCGUUGGAAUUUUGUCAGAAGUUUGACGGUGCACUUUCUAUCCAGCUCCCGGCUUGAUCCUUCCUAAAGAAGAUGGUUUAGUUCUUGUGCGAGAUUGAUGGUAUGAGCUUACGAUAGCCAGUUUGCUUUCUGGCUAGAUGACAUGGGAUGGCUGAAGCUGAACCUUUUCUUUUUACGUUCGUUGAUCUCGGUUAAUUUCAUUAAGGAAAUUUUAUCAGAUAUUAAAGAAGAUCUCCUCGGGAUGCUUCACAUAUUUGGAUCGCGAAGUCUUUACUUGUGGAGAUUGAAUGUGGAUGGACGCAAGAUCAGUGUAGGAGACUGUGCUCUUUUCAAGCUGCCACAGGAUUCACCGCCUUCCAUUGGUUUGGUUUAUCGGGUUACAGUAACUAAAGAGAAGAACUUGAAGUUGGGCGUGAAUUGGCUCUACCGUCCCACUGAAGUUAAGCUAGGCAAAGGCAUCCUGUUGGAAGCCGCGCCGAACGAGAUCUUCUACUCUUUAAAAAAGGAUGAGAUUCCUGCUGCAUCAUUGCUCCAUCCAUGUAAAGUUGCAUUUCUUCCAAAAGGUGUUGAACUUCCGCGAGGGAUCUCUUCAUUCGUUUGCCGUCGGGUGUACGACAUUGCAAACAGGCGUCUAUGGUGGUUAACUGACAAAGAUCAUUUUAAUGAAGAAGUAGAACAGCUUUUAUACAAGACGCGAAUAGAAAUGCAUGCCUCUGCACAACCGAAUGGUCGAUCUCCUAAACAAACGAGUGGUCCAAUGUCAUCACAUUUGAAACCUGGUGCAGACGGCCUGCAGAAUAAUGCAUCUUUGCCAUCUCAAAGCAAAGGGAAAAAAAGGGAGCGCCAGGAUCAGGGCACAGAACUUGUUAAGCGCGAACGUUCUUCGAAAAUGGGAGAUGGUGAUUCUGGUCGCUCCAGUUCCGAAAGCUCGCUGAAAUCGGAGAUUGCAAAGGUAGUAGAAAAGGGGCCACUUGUAGAUACAGAAGGAGUUGAUAGAUUAGUGCAAGCGAUGUUCUUCGAGAUAAAUGAGAGGAAGAUAGAUUUGUCUGCUCGGACAAUGCUUACAAGCAUCAUUGUUGCAACAGAAAAGUCGGACUGUCUCAGCAGAUUUGUUCAGAUAAGGGGUUUGUCUAUAUUGGAUGAUUGGCUUCAAGAUGUUCAUAAAGGAAAGACUGGUGAUAGCAGUGGCCUCAAGGAUAAUGAUAAGGUGGCCGAGGAGUUUCUCUUGGUUCUGCUUCGUGCUCUGGAUAAACUGCCUGUCAACCUUCCUGCCUUGCAAAUGUGUAACAUUGGAAAGUCAGUGAAUCAUUUGCGGACACACAAGAACCUGGAAAUUCAGAAGAAGGCGAGGAGUCUAGUUGACACAUGGAAGAAACGCGUCGAAGUUGAGAUGAAUAUUAAUGAUGCCAAGAUGAGUUCAAAUCAGACUGUUUCGGGCUCUGCUAGGUCUCGUCUUCCUGAAGCCCCUCAUGCGAAUAAAAACAUUGGUGGGUCCUCGGAGGGUGCCCCUAGGAGCCCCACUGUCCAGCUUUCUGCUUCUAAAGCUGCUCCGGCAAAGCUCCUCCAGGGUGAAACAGCUUCCAAGUCUGCAUCUCAAUUUCAAGGGUCAAUGAAAUUAGCUACUGCACAGACCUCACCAAACGUUAACUUAAGAGAUGGACAGCCCCGCAUUAGCAGCAGCCUGAGCGAUGUACCUUUGACAACAUCUAGGGAUGAGAAAAGCAGCAGUUCUAGUCCGUCUCACAACAGCAGCCACUCUUGUUCAGGUGACCAUGUCAAAGCUGGGGGUUCUGCUGUGAAGGAAGACGCAAGGAGCUCUGCUGGUGCUUCUUCAAACAAGGUGCCAUGUCUUGCUUCUCGUCAUAGGAAAUCAGUUAAUGGUUUUCCUGUGUCAGCUGCAUCUGCUCGGGAGAGUGGAUCAAGCAGAAGCACUUCCUUGCAUAGGAAUGUCGCUCCAGAUAAAGCAUCUCAGUCUGGAUUAACAAGCGAGAAGGCAGCUGAUGUGGCUCCUGAAGUUAAUAGUCACAAAUUCAUUGUUAAGAUUCCAACUAGAAGUCGUAGUCCUGCUCAACGGGCUGCUGGAGGAUCUGUUGAUGACUUAUCCAUGAUGAACAGCAGGCCUUCUUCUCCUGCGCACUUGGAGAGGCCUGAUCAACUGGGCACUGUUGUUGAAGGGAGGGCAGAUGCUUCUCAAGCUAAUGUGUCCUCGGAUGCAAAUGUUGAAUCUUGGCAGGGGGAUGAUUUUAGAGAUCCUCCGACUGCAUGUGGGCCACUUGAUCGUGAUCUUGGCGAGGACCAUUGUAAUAUUGAUGAAAACACCAAGAAGACACAGGUAGUAUCAAAAUGUACUACAUCGUCUCCAAGAAACACAUUGAAACUUGGUAAAGCAUUGGAGCCUUCUUUGAGCCCCAUGAAUGCUUUAAUUGAGAGCUGCGUCAAUUAUGUCGAAGCUAAUGCGCCAGUUCCCAUUGGAGAUGAUGUUGGAAUGCAUUUGCUUGCUAGUGUGGCAGCAGGAGAGAUGUUCAAGUCUGAACCGGCAUCCCCAGAUGGUUCUCCACAUGGAGACCCUUCGUCAAUGGAGCCUUCUUGCAAAGCCAAUGAUCUGGAAGUUAAACCAGUGUCUCAAGAUAGCUAUUUACGAAAUGAUGAUGCUUCUAAAGGCUUGGUUAGUGAGUGUGCUCAGAGAGACCAUUUUGAGGGUUCUGCUCUUAUGUCCAGCAAAGGAGAUGGUAAAACCUACCCCUUAUGUAUUGAUGAGCGAGCUGGUGAAGCACAGGAUGUGCGUCUGAAUUCUUCCAGUGUAAAUGGCGAUCAAACUGCAGCUCCAUCUUCUGGGAGCAACAAGGUCAGAAAUGAUUUAGCAGUAGCUGCUUCUAUCUCCGAGGCAGGCAUUUACUCUGAAGAAGGGAAAGAGUCCAAGGAGAGUGCAUCACUGGAGGGAUCACAUUUAGAUGGCACCAUAGAUGAAAAAGUUAAGGUUGAUACUUCAAUCUUGCCUGAAGGUAGAGUCAUCAACGAUAGUUUGGCUGUUAAAUCAGAAGAAGCUGCUGAAGUGGGAACUAUGUCUGGAAAGGAAGGUGGGAAACCGGAGAAAGAUUUAGAUGAUCAAGGGCAGGUGGAAGAAAAGCCAACUCUGAUGAUCCUAUGCAAGCCGACUUAUGAGCAAGAUAUGAAGACUGUUGAUGGACUUAAGGCAGCAGAGGUGAGUGAAAAGGAUGCUGUAAAUAAAAGUAAGCAGAAUGAGAAACCUGAUCCUUCGAUAGCUUUGGGUGUUCAGACUGUUGCAGGACCUGCUUCAGGCAUUGAAAAACAUGUGGAAAGCGAAGCAGCUUCUGAAAAAAAGGUUGGUGGAGCUCUUUCUGAGCCGUCAACUGACCUUAAUGGACAAUACAUGGAUGCGAGAGGGGAGUCUAGAGGAUGUGAUGUCCCAAGCAGCAAAGAAGCCGAUGAGAUGGAGAAAUGCAAUUUAUCUAGUGCCCAUGCUUCUAUUGCAAGGCCAUCAGAUGGAGACACGAAAUUGGAGUUUGACUUGAACGAGGGAUUCAGCACUGAGGAUGGGAAAUAUGGUGGAUCUGUUAACUUCAAUCCUCCUGCAUCUUCAGCUGCUGCUGUUCCUUUGAUUAGCCCAAUGCCCGUUGCUUCCUCUUCACCAUCAGCAGGUCUUUCUGCUCCGAUUGCUGUGGCUGCUGCAGCUGCAAAAGGACCAUUUGUUCCCACUGAUGAUCUAUUGAGGGCCAAAGUGGAAAUUGGGUGGAAGGGAUCAGCGGCCACGAGCGCUUUUCGCCCAGCUGAACCCAGAAAGAUCACAGAGAUGCCAACUGUUUCUGCAUAUACCACUCAUUCUCCUGACAUUUCUUCGGGAAGACAGAAUCGUCCUCUCUUGGAUUUUGACUUGAAUGUUCCUGACGAGAGAAUCAAUGAGGAUGCAGCUCCUCAGUAUUCUCUUGAGACAUCUUCAUUGUACAACUCCAGGAGUAACUUUGAGAAGGCACAUCAGGAGAUGGCGGGUUCUGUACCCCCUCGUACCUCUGGGGGGCUCGGUCUUGAUUUAAAUCGUGUCGAUGAGGCUCCUACUGAUAGUGUGAACUACUCGACAAGCAACAGGCGUAAACCAAAUGCGGUUGCAUGUCGAGACUUUGACUUGAAUGAUGGACCUGUAAUUGAUGCUGCUGAACCAUCAACAUCAGGCCAACAGCAACAGAGGAUUAACGUGUUUUCUCAUCAGCAACCUGUUCAUGGGCUUCGGGUGAAUAGUGCUGAGGUGGGAAAUUUUUCGACUUGGUUUCAUCCUGCAAGCACUUAUUCAUCUGUAACAGUUCCGUCGAUCUUGUCCGAUCGAGGGGAGCAAUCUUACCCUAUCGUUGCUGGUGGGGGCCCACCGAGAAUGCUGGGGCCUUCCACUGGUGGUGGUAUCCCGUUCAACACAGAGAUGUACGGAGGGCCUGUACUCUCAUCUUCACCAGCCGUGCCUUUCCCAUCUGCUCCAUUUCAGUACUCCAUCUUCCCUUUUGGGACCAGCUUUCCUUUACCAUCAGCAACUCUUUCGGGUAAUGCAACAACAUAUGUGGAUCCAUCUUCUGGAGGAAGGCUAGGGUUCCCUCCUGUACAUUCGCAGCUUGUGGGACCUGCUGGGACAGUCGCAUCCCAGUUUUCUAGGCCCUACGCAGUUAACCUCUCAGAUGGAAGUGGAAACAGUGCCAUCGAGAGCAAUAAGAAAUGGAGCAGGCAAGGACUGGACCUUAAUACCGGGCCUGGUGGCCCUGAAUUGGAAGGCCGAGAUGAGACGUCUCCUCUUGGACUGAGGCAGCUGUCUAUUGCUGGCCCGCAAUCGCUAGCUGAGGAGCAAGCAAGGAUGUAUCAAGUAAGCAGUGGGCUGCUUAAGAGGAAAGAGCCUGAGGGACGGUGGGAUGGAUACAGACAAUCCUCGUGGCAACAGUAAAAUCCCCAUCCUGCACUCCUUAUGGAGACUGUGGCUUGUUUUCGUUGACCUUUCUCAAUUUGAUGCGGAAGAGGGGGACAUUGAUGGUAGAAAACAGGGAAGGAUGAAGACAAUCUUUAGAGCUCGCGGUUCUGCAAACUGAGAUUUUGGGGUUGGGCUAACUCGAGGAGGUCAUCAUCUAACUCUGAUCUGUAGUCGAUGUCAAUUUCGUCCAAGCCAGGAAGAACGUCUCGAAGAAUAUUCGUACCAGUUAUAGACUUGUUCUGAGGGGCUGCGGAUACAUAUCUUCCCUUUGUAUAUAUUUUUAUACCAACGGAAGGGGAAAAAGGAAAGGGGAAAAAGGAAAGGGAUUUGCAUCGCUCGUACUUCAAAAGCAAUGGAACCUUUGCAAGGUUUAAUGGAACUGAACCGAAUCGUCAUCGUCUGUCGAUGCUUUCUGACGGUGGGAAUGUGGGGCCGGAGAUGCAUUCUGCUGGAGCCGUCUCUGCAGGAGCUUUGGGUUUUUAAGGUUCAUAUUAUGUCCCGCUGUUAUUUUAGGUCCUUUUGAGGUUGUCUUCAUCAGGCACUGCUUAUUCUCUUGUGCCCUUUUCUUGCAUAAUGAAAAUGUUCAGGUGCUUCAUUCUGUAAAAUCCCGCGACUUUUUGCCCUUUUCGUCAUUUGGUUUAUUGGAAACUCUCCUAAAUACAAACAUGAAAUCACUAAUCUCAUUAUCCUUUCUCAUC